AUGCUCGAGAGCCGUAUGGACGACAUCGAACAGUAUUCCAGGAGGGAUACUAUCGAGAUACACGGUAUCCCGGCUGAUAGAGGAGAGCAGAUCGUCGAGGUGGUGAAAACAGUGGGGCGAGCCUUGGACCUGACGAUAGAUGAAAAUAUGAUCAGUGCUUGCCAUAGACUGCGAAACAGGGAAGGAUCUGGCAAGCCCCCUGGAAUUAUAGUGAAGAUGACCCGACGCAUGGAUGCUGAGGCUGUCCUCCAAAAAAGGCGAGUGAAGCGUAAUUUAAAUACGCACGAUAUAGGCCUAACUGCAAGUCCUGCGAUGCCUAUAUAUAUUAAUGAAAGCCUGAGCCCUGGACGACGCCGACUUCUGAACGCAGCCCGGGAAAAGAAAAGUGAAAAACAUUACACGUAUCUAUGGAUCAGAGGAGGCAAGAUAUUAAUGAGGAAGGCGGAGGGAGAACCUGUGAAAGUUGUAACUUCGCUGGCGGACCUGGAUAAAUUGUGA